AUGCUGAUUGGUCGAGACGCCCAAAGGGGGCGGGGCCAAGGCUGUGAGGGACAGCGGGACCCCCACGGGCUUGGGGCAGGACAGGGCGAGAUGCUGCCGGCCUGGCUCUGCCCCCUGGGCUCCCUCCUGGCUCUGGCCCUUGGGGGGCCCCCCCAGCACCCCCAGCCCCAUUUUGGGGGUCCCCAGCCCCCCGAGUCCCACCAGCACGACGCCCAGGGGCUCUUCUGGGACCACGCCGCCAUUUGGGGGGAGAAGGAGGCGCAGGAGCAGCAGGAGCUGCCCCCCGAGGAGUCCAAAAGGAGGCUGAGGCUGCUGGUGGAUCUGAUGGACUCGGACGGCUCCGGGGGGGUGUCCAGGGCCGAGCUGCGGGCCUGGAUCCUGCGGCGGCACCGCGGGGCCCGGCAGGAGGAGCUGAGCCGGGAGCGGGGGCGGCUGGACCGGGACGGCGACGGCGCCGUGACCUGGGCGGAGUUCAAGGACAGAACCUUCGGGGACGACGAGGAUUUCCAGGGCUCUCCAGACCCCGAUUCCCACCGGCAGCUCCUGCUGCGCUCCCGGCGCCGUUUCGAGGCCGCGGACGAGGACAAGGACGGGCGGCUCCUGGAGCCCGAGCUCGAUGCCUUCCUGCACCCCGAGGACUUCCCCCAGCUCCAGGAGCUCGUGGUCCAGGACGGGGACCUGAGCCCAGAGGAGAUUUUGGGGCGCUGGGAACUUUUCGUGGGGAGCCGAGCCACAGACUACGGGCAGGAUCUGCACAGGGGCCACGACGAGCUCUGA